UAGAAGCACUACCAUGGAGAGAUAGAGCGUCUCUAUCUUUAUUAUGCGCCUUACCCGCAUAUAGCAGCGUUCAAACUGAAACCGGAAGUUUGAAGCGCGACUUCCCCCCUUGUCGUUCGAUGCUUCCUGUCUCCUCUUCUGACCAUGGAGCCUCCAGGGCUCGUGCCCAUCGGAGUCACUAGGAUUCUGACGGACACAGACUGGACUGAGCCAUGGAUCCUAGGUCUUGUAUUUUUCCACUUAGCCUACCUAUUUCUCACUUACCUUUCGUUCCAGCAGUACCACCUGCAAAUAGGGCACUUCCUUUCAAUCAUGAUCCUGGUAUUCUGUGCUGAAUAUAUCAAUGAAAUAGCUGCAGCAAACUGGAGAUUCUUCUCAAAGCACCAGUACUUUGAUUCAAGAGGAAUGUUUAUUUCCAUAGUAUUCUCAGUACCAUUGCUGCUGAAUGCUAUCAUUAUUGUGAUUGCUUGGGUUUAUAAAACGUUGAAUGUAAUGACUGAACUAAAGACUAUACAACAAAAAAGAAAAGCAAGAAGAGAAAAUAAGAAGAGUCAAUAAAUCAUUGUGCUUUCUUCUGUAGAUGUGUUUUAUGUUGGAGUUGCCAUACUGUCGUCUUACCAAAGUGAUGCUGGACGAUUUGAACAUUUAUGCCCUUUUCUUUCACAAGUAUUAUGGGAGGGGUUUCUUUCCAUUAAAUGAUUUUUUUUUUACUUACACUGUUAUCCACUAUAGGUGAUACCUAGUGUUGUGUAAGAGGACUUUCAGUCAUACAGUAGGACUUCCCCUUGCUUUCUUCCUCCCUGCCCCACUCUGAAGGAUCCCUCAAGCAGAAGUGUGUGGGGGACACAACUGGGGAGAGAAGAUUAAGGCAAAGUCAAUUUUGUAAGUGGAUGGGCACAAUUGGAUGUUACCCUCUGUGAACUAGCUUUUUCUGAGCCAGUGGUGAAGCAUUUUAUAUAACCAAUUUAAGUGUAUGUUAUGUGUAAAUGAAAAGUAUUCUUAUGCGGUAGUGACUGAGCUGCUGAUCCUGCACCCAAGUUAAUAAUGGACUAUGUGUAAAAAGUGUGCCAAAAUGCUAAUCAGAUAGAUGCAAAAGAUUGUUUUUAAUAAUAAUACUAAUUUUAAAAAUUGGCCGUUCCGUUUUUUACCAGUUGAAAAUCAUCUUGACGCACAGAAGGUGCCAGUUCUCAAAAGUGGCUAAUUCCGUCCAUAACAAUUGUUUCCCUCUGGCAACCGUCACACCCCUGUAACUUGUAAAUUUGGAUCUCAGUAUAAUGUUUUGCUCUGUGAUUGCGAUCCCAAGCGUACUUGCUUGGAUAGAAGUUCUUUCAAUUUACUCGCCUUUAUUGUCAAACUGUUAUAUAUUGGAGUUGCAAACUAAUAUUGUACAUUACUGUACACGAGAGUAUAUAUGUAAGUUGUGUGUUCCUACAUUAAACUUUUUUUAGGG